AGUCAAGAACAACACAAAACAGAAAGUGAAAUCCGAAUUGGAAAAUGAGAAGAAACAACAAAAAGAAGUACCAUCGGAUUCCCAAACUGACUCCACUGCUCCACAAGUGGUUUUGGAGCUAUCAUUGCCAGAUAAUGAACUAUUGGGUAUGUUUAAUGAUGAGCCCUGCAACAGACACAGAGGCCUGCCCCAAAUGUUGUUUUACAAGCCAACUGUCAAAGUUCCCUCCGAAACUUUGCCUGAGAAAGCUAGCUUGAGAGAUGAAGUUAUACUCAAAGCACAAGACGCAACCUCUUUCUUUCAAAUGCUACACUGUUAUGCCCGUAAACCAAAAGGGAAAAAGGUCUGGACAAAAACACAAGGCUCAUCUUCAACUAUAACUCGCUCUUCAGGACAACUAGACCCCCCGAAUAAGGAGCAGCUCAGUGAUAAAUCUGCAGUGGAGAUGAAAGUCACCAUCUCAUCACAAACGCCACAAGUGACAGAUAAAAUUCUCAGGAGCACUAGGGAAAAAUGCGAGCUGCCGGAAAAGACCGUUGUAACGAAAGACGCAGAUAUAGCAAUUGAACCCAAAAUCACUGGGUCGGCUUCAUUGGUCGCAGCUAUUUCGGAGUCUGAUGUUGAGGUGGAAGUCAAAGUUGCUGCUCACAACAGGCACUCCCCAAAACUAGAGAAAACCCUUUGCACCAUAGAACAUAUUUCAAAUACAAACUCAAAUGUGCCAAGACCUGAAAAGGAUCAAAUUAGUUAUCCUCUUCCACCAGUUUCCACCAAUGAGGAGCCGACAUGUCAGGAUCCUGUUGUUACAAAUCAGGUAGCCCUUGUAAAUGGAACACCAAACAAAGAAGACUUAACUUCAACAGAAAAUAGUCCAGUACCCAAAGACAAACCCACUGUGGAAGUUGACAGCACGUCUAAAUUGGAAGCAAAAAAUAUUGUCACUCAAAAAACAAUCGACAAUGCAAACAAAUUGCCUGCUAUAACAGUAGAAACAGCGAUCAAAACUGAAAUGCCCCAAAAUCAAGAAGACUUUAAAGACACAGUGGAAGUUAACAGUGCCCCUACAGAGUCCAAAAUUGAGAAGGAUAAUUUGGAUAAAACAACUUCUGCUCCUCCUUCAGAUACAGCCUGGGAAGAUGAUGGUUUUGAUCCAAUGGAGCCGCAGCCAGAAUGCGAAGAAUCCAAACUGGAAUUCUGUUGCCACUUCUGUCACAAAGACGUCAAAGGCCGUCAUUUGGUAGCGCACGCCAUGUUUCACUAUCGCAAAGACGAGUGCAUGUUCUGUGGGGUCACUUUCAGAAACAACCUCAAAGCGAUGAUUCACCUGUCCAACCACCUGGAGAAGCUCAAGAAGCUCCAAAACCCCACCGCUGCCAAAUCCCCGGAGAAACCCAGGACCAAAGAUAAACAAAAACAUAAAACUGGGAAUGUUAAAAUGUCCAGCAAAACCAAAACGGUGUUGAAUGAGAAAAGAGGGAGGAAAAAGAAACCAAUCCCACCAGUCAGAAAAUUAAGAUCUGGCUACAAAUUUCGACAUGCUAUGCAACAAGAACAAGGCAGUUCAAAGGAUAUGAUGAGCAAAGCCCCAAUACAUAAAGCAAAUGGACAUUUUGGAAGGAGGAAAGAGAAUGACAGUUUAAUUACAAAAACAAGACUACGACGAAGAAGUCAUGAAAUUGAUCAAAAUAAUGGAAGUGAGCAUAAUGUUGCUGUUAAAAUUGAAAAAGAGGAGCCUGUGCUUAUUUCAUCUGAACCGAAACUUAAACAAAAGAAGAAAUCUAAAGUAAAGAAACAAUGGGAAAUCAACAAAAACAUUGAUUCUCGGGACAAGUUGUGCUGCCCAGUGGAUGGAUGCCAGUGGUUCACAGUUAAAAACCAAGUAGCGCUUUUUGUGCACCACGCAUUGGAGGACCACUACUCCAACACAAGACCUCUGGAGUUAGCUUUUCACAUGUCAAACAACAAGUGUAGCAUUUGUAAACGAGUAUUGUAUAGCUUUGAGCAUUUCCAGCAUCAUGUGGAAAGACACAGAUUCGUACCACGUCACCCAUGUCCUCAUAAAGGGUGCACCGCCAGGUUUAAAACUACAAUAGAGAUGAGGAGACACGCAAGAAAGCACAGCCCACUGCAGGCUAUGUGCUGCCUCCCUGGCUGUCCCAAACUCUUCAUCUGUCUAUGGCAACUCAUCCUGCACGAGAAGGACCACUAUUCCAUAAGGUCGAAAGCAACGCAAAAGGAAAAGCCAGAAAGGACCCAAAUAAAGCAAGAGAAACAAGAGGAUGUAACUAAAAAGAACAAUAAGUCGAAUAAAAAUGUUUCUUCUAGUUCCAUCUCCAAAUCACAUUCUAAUGAUACAAAAAAGACAAAAGAUUCUACUAUUCACAAAAAGAAGUUAUCUGCACAGUCUGCCGCUGCUACAAGGCUACUGCAAAAGUUAAGAAAAAGGCAAAUUAUCAAAAACAACAUGGUGAACAACCAGCAAAUCGCUCACAAAAUUGUGUCUUCAGUGGGAAAACCAAAUAACAAAUUGCAUCACUCAUUACAAAAGAAGGGAAACCGAUCAAAACAAUGCUUAUCUAGCAAAGUGCUUCCUCCUAGACAAGCAAAAACCUCCCUAAACAAUAGUAGCAAAAUCAUUCAAUCACAGAAAGAAUCAAAAACAUCAGUAGUCCAUAAACGAAAAGAAAAAGAGGGUGAGAAAAAUACAGCUAGACCCAAAGCAAAAGUUGACGAGCCUGAAAGCGUUGCUAAGAUCCGCUCAACUGGAAAGAUUCUGAAAAGAAAUUCAAAUUUCAUUUCUGAAAGGGCAAAAUCUGCUGGAAAGGUUGAACCAGCAGCUCCGGUUGUGGACAGGCCCGUCAUGGAGGAAAAUGCAAAUAUGGAUACCACAGACACAACUGAUAAUAUGGUACCAGUCAGUGAUACCAAGAGCUCAAAUGACAGUUCAGAAGAUAUGGAAAUGGCCAUCUGUAAGGAGGAGACUUCUAAUAUUGUGGAGAUUGUUGCUUUUCAGUGUGAAGUGAAUAAAACGUCAAAAACCACAAGCGAUGGGUCAAAAAUAGUUGUUGAAAAUGUGAAUGAAGUAUUGGCACAAAAUGAACAUAUAGAGGAUGAACAUGCACCAGUUGUGAAAAAUGUGACAGAAACAAAAAUUAUAGACACUGAGACCUUCAGAGUUGAAAAAUAUGAGCGAGAAUCUGCAGCAGAUUUUGACAAUUCAGAGCUGAAGAAAUUAAAAAUGACCAUAACAGAUUCUUCAGAAAUCGACCCUAUAAACUGCGUCACCAUUGUAAAUACAGAUGAGGUGAAUGAAGUGGUGCCAGGAAAAGUUACUGAAGAAAAUUCCAACAUGGCUGACUCAAUUUCCUCUUCAAAAAUCCCAAUUAAUCCCCUUAUUAUUAUGCCCUUAGUACAAAAUGUAGCAUCACCACAAAAUGCUGAAGGAGGAGACUUGAGGCUUGAAACUACUGACCAUGUCACUGAGCCACCCCCUGUUACAAGUGAAUCAGAAUUUAUGCAAGAUUCAAAUGAAGAGAGUGCACUGACAAAAAUGGCAGACACAUCCACAGAUAAUACUAAUCACAGCGUGUUUGAAAACAUGACAGAAAUGAAGAAAUGUGAGCAAACUGCUGCAGAUUUAAUUAUGAACAAGAUGGAAAGUACAGAUCUGGCAACAAAUGAGAAAGAAGCCCAAUCUUCUGCUACCACCUCAAAAACUGAACAAGUUGAGCUCAAAGAUGUGGAGAUGACGACAACUGAAGGUGACUCUGUGCAGAUCUCAGUCCAGUCUACAAAUGGAUCUACUAGCACAUCCAAUAGUCUGAAUGAGAAGUCUGUGGAGAGUGAGAAGAGAAAGUCAAAAUUGGGCAACAAAAAUGAAAUUUUAUCUGCACUUAAAACUUUAGUCAAAUCCAAAAAGGAUAAAACUGAUCAAGAUAGUCCAUCAAAAAGGAAAAAUGAAGUUGACAAUUCACCAAAUGAUUCUAAAAAGUUCAAAUCGGAUACACAAACUGAGGUCGGGCCAGCAUCAGUUGAAGAAAGUUCCACUAGUGAAGGAAACCAAGUGCAAACUACAGAUUCUGCACCUGCUGCUAAUUCUCUAAUGUGUGUUAAUGUGAAUGAAACACCAAAAGAGAAAGACAAAGUUGUUAAAAUUAGACAGAAAAAUAAAGUAGAUCUUAAAAUGAAAUCCAAUUUGACAAACAAGAAAGCUGACAAAAAGCAAACCAAACUUGAGAAGAAACCUGGAAAUGCUAUUAAAAAUGACAAGACCUCUAAGAAAAUGAAAAAAGAAAAGUCAAAAUCAGAAACUAAAACUGUCAAACCAAAAUCUCAUAAAAUUCCCGCAAAAACAACUGAUUCAGAAGUGUCCCUCUCCAGCUCCAGUGAAGUCAACGGUGAACCUGUUCCCACCGACGGAAACAGCCAAACGAGUAUUAAGCAAGGUAGUAGCGAUAAGAAUGUAAAUACAAAGAAAAAGUGUUUUGAUAAAGUUAAACCAACAAUCCCAAAGAAAGCUGAAGACAAGACCUGCUUAAAAGACCAUAGUUUAUUUGACUUUGUGCCGGUGGAGGAGGAGAGUCCACUGGCCACGUUUGAAAAAGCUCUUAGCGAAUACAAGAAGAAACCGUACAUGCGACUUCCAGCCACUGCGUACCUGGAGGAGAGGUUCACCGUCAUGCCCAAACGGAGAAAAGACAUGUCCAUGUUCUUUGGGACGUCCCGAAAAGUCCCCAAAACCCCCGAGGCCUCAGCGCAGGUCUCCCAGCAAAGACAACGCUGUGCCAACUGCUUCACCACGUUCAGCAGCGAACAGGAGCUGCAGUGGCAUCUCCAACAGAAGUGCUCCAGCCUCUUUGGAUUUGACUCUGAUGACGAGGGCACCAGUUGAAUGUCUUCUGAAAUCUGGAUCUCUUUGUAUGGUGGAUUUAAGCAUCCUGAACGAACUCUUCUGUAGGAGAAUGUCAGUAACUGUGUUUUUAAACUGGUAAAUUGCAGAAGAGACUGCUAAAGCGUGAGUUUUCUGCUGCAGUACGUGACUUGCAGCCUGAGACAAUAAUGAGCCGCUCUGUGAGAGACUACUGAACAGUGCUGAAGUGCCUGCUCUGGACCUGUGUCUAGCACCUUCACAGGGAUUCUACAUGAAGUGUUGUGGCUUUAAAACUGGACUAAAGCUGUGAAACCAGACUCUGACUGCUCCUCUAUCACUGGGAUUUCUAUUUUUGCAUUUGUAAGCCAUAAAAUGAUUCUAUUUUUGCUUUUUUGCACUUGUUUAGUUCAUGCUUACAACAUCUCUAGCCUUUUAUGCAUGCCAUGUUAUUUAAAAAGUUCACAGUAUUUAGGCUCAAAGUCUAAACUUCAAGUGGCUCCAGAUUCAUUGCAUCUUCUUUAUGAAGGUUUUAUCAUACAUGUUUUAUUAAAAACUAAAUGUAUUUUUGCAGCUGUGCUUGGGUUAAAGAAGGUCUCAGCUACUUUUUCCCUUUGAGUCAUUAUGUCCAGUAGAGGGCAGACUUCACAUUCUCUUGUUGAAAGCAUAUUAGUCACUGCUGGCUUUUCUAUCGGGUACAUUUUAUAAUAUGAUAUGUAUUUAUUACUGUAUUCAUGUAAAAAUUACUCUUAUUUUGGCAAUAACCAUGAUGGAUGUGCUCCUUGUCCUUGCUAAUUUCUUUUUUUAACAUUGGAGCAGCCGCAAUUGUAAACUACAUUUUAUUUCGACUGACAUGUCCAGGACCAUAGCAUCAAGUGAUUUACAUAAAUGGUCUUCUUACGGCACCAUAUUUUGUAAGUAUUACUGGGAGCCACAUCAUUCUAUUUAUUUAUGCUUUAUUUUCUAUCUUUUGUAAAUAUUUGAAGAGUUUCAAUAGCUUGCACUGUAAAGGGUGUUGGCAUUGGGUUUAUAUUUUGGUCUUAAAAUCUAAAAAUAAAAUCUCUUACACAAA